AUGUUUUCGAAGGGAUACAGUGUGCUGCUCCGGCCCUAUCAACAUGUUGCAUUCGCAAAGCGGAGCAGCGCAGGUGGCGUGAAUCUGAACAAGGGGGCGCUAACGGGGCGGGAGAGGGGAGACAGCUUUACGGAACCGGAGGUGUACCGCAGCAAGACAAACUUGACAGCGAUGCUAAAGACAAGGCGAAAAGAGCGCCGCCUCCUGAAGGAGGAGAAGCAGCGCACCGUGAUGGACAAUCUGAACCUGGACACGCGUACAGUGGAAGCGCUUCAUGCGGGGCGUCGAUUGCCGCAGACGCCGGCGGAGAUACAGGCAGUUCGCUCCUCUGACGACGCUCUCGCCGAGGACAGUUACAACAACCAGGACUACACAACCACCAUGCGCAAUUUGAUGCGGCGCGAGGUGGAUCGCCGAGAUCAUGUGGCCGACAAGUUUGGCCAGCCACCCACGUCGCGGGAGUUUUACCAGCUCUUUCGCAAAUUGCGCUCCGCCGACUCAGACGAGGAGGCGGUGGAGCAGCACCAGCGGAGGCUAGUGGAGGAGCAUGGCGUGUACCCAAGCUCGCGCAUCGACUCCUUCAUGCUCGACGACGACAGCUACUUCCCCGAUUGGGUGCACGCCCUCCCCUACAGCAUCCGUGACCGUGUCAAGUACGGAUCGCUCGGACUCACAGAGGAUGACGAGGCGCUGCGUGUGCGUCUGGCGCGGCUGCCGCGUGAUGCGCGAUUGCGCGAGUGGAAGCGGCUGAAGGCGGCAAAAGAGUACGGCGCAGCUAAAGAGGAGACGCUCACGUUGGCGGAGCUGCGUGAUGCCCGUCAGGGAAAGCGGCGCUUUCACUGGCUGCAGCGGAAGCGCCAGAAGCGUGCCGCGGCACUACGGCGCAUGGCGAUGCGUAAGCCAGAAGGCUACGAGCUGUGGCCUUCCUCCGUGAGUGACUUUAGUCAGCGGAUUGCCUUCAUCGCACAGCACGUCGAAAACGGUCUGCAGACUGGUGGCGAGUGGCCCCUCAAUGAGGACGCUCUUACCAAGGCGAAGAUCAAGCGGCGGCAGAGCGAGGCGGAGCGGACCUUCCUCAUGUCUCCAGAUGAAAAGAAGAUGGUGACAAGCGCCGGAGGAGGCCGUAUGCACGGUGGUAUGAAGGAGUUGCUCGAUUCUCUGGACGAGCCAGAGAAGCGGUACAAGAAACUCUCGCGCAAGGCUUACGCUAACCGGGUGAACGCCAUUGUGCACGGCGACCAAGAUGAGCAUGGCCGGAAGUACAGAAAGCUUCAGAACCUUGCCACACGAAGGCAGCGUCGAUACGAUUCGCUUGCAGAGAUGGCACUGGAAAAGGAGGUGCGCAAGGAGCCCCUCGUCAACGUGAGUGGGCUUAAUCACACAGACGACGAGCACUGGAGCCGUCACGAGAAAUCCUGGGUUGAUGGCAUGCCCUCGAUUCGCUACGGCAGCUGA